AUGUCAGAAACCACCCCGCAAUUCGAGAGUCUAUACACCGAAAUGUCCAGCUUUGUGGAUACUUGCAUGUCAGGCCAUGACCCCUCACACAAUCCGCCUCAUGUCCACCGGGUAGUCAAACUAGCCCUCCGAAUUCUAGAAGGAGAACGGCAGCUAAACCCGGGAGCUGAGUACUCCGGUGCCGUGGUAAAGCUCGCAGCCCUGCUUCACGAUAUUGGAGAUCGAAAAUAUCUGCCAAACAUGUCAACGGAUACCGAGGCGGCAUCUUUAGAUCCAAAGACAAUGGUCGAACACGCCCUGUUGCAGCGUGGUGCACCCGCAGACCUAGCUUCCAGCGUCCAAACCAUCGUGUCCCAUGUAUCAUAUUCCACCGAAUGCAAGGACCCCUCCGUUAUUCGGGGACUGAUUGAUGAAGGAUUGGUGGAGCUUGCCAUUGUGCAAGAUGCCGAUCGACUGGAUGCUAUAGGAGCCAUUGGUAUUGGACGAUGUUUUACUUUCUUGGGUGCCCAGGGAAAAAAAUUUGCCGGGCAAGGGGGCUGGGUGAUGGAUAAUGCAAUUGAGCAUUUUGGGGACAAGUUGGAGAAGCUUGAGGGCAUGAUGAAGACGGCAACGGGGAGGAAAAUGGCUCGUGUGCGGACAGAGAGGUUGAAAGUCUUUGAGGGGUGGUGGAAAGAGGAGAUGACGGAGUCAAUUUAA